CUCGCCGAUGCGAUCAUUCGCUUUGCUAGGAAUUAUGAUCAACACCAUGAAUCGCCCUACGCGUCUAUAGAGUCAGAAGUAGAGGAAAGCUAUUUUUUUAAUUGAAGCAAGAUCGUUACUAGGACUCCCUUUCUUGUUUGUCUUCUCUAGCAGGGGAACCUGCAUAGGCCGUGUUUGCGGAUCCACAGCCCCAUAGUCCUGCGAUAGGCACUGAACAGUGCCUUUCAGGAGAAGACAGUCUGCAUUGAGGCUCAAACAUUCGAAGCCACUCUCAUCUUUCUCGUCGCAUUUCCAUGUUUGACUUUCCACCUUCGUGGUUCCUUCUGAUUGACGCCACUUCGGUCCUCUCUAGCGCCUCCAAUACCAUCCCGUUACUAUAGUCAGCCUACUCUUCGCCAUAAAUCAUGGUAUUAGCAACACAUAAACUACCAAUGACGGGUGGUGCCCGGGACUCGCUAAUAGCAAUGUCUAUACUGUGGCUCCUCUUUGCAUUAAAUGUGGGAUUUCGGUUUCGAGGACGACUACGAGGACCAGGCCUGGGACUUGACGAUACACUGGCGAUAGUUGCGCUGAUCCUAUCGACAAGCACUAUCGGCCUGAACGCUACAGUCUUUACGGCCGGAGUAGGCUACGAUUUCGUUCCUACCUCUCAUGUGUACCCCGACCUUGUCCACAACUUGCCAUUCAUUAUGCAGAUUACUUUCGCUUUCACGAUGAUCUACAUCUGGUGUCUCGCCUUUCUCAAGCUCUCCCAACUCGCACUCUAUCUGCGAGUCUUCAAUCGGCAACUUCGAAAUUUGGUAUACAUUGUCGGCACCAUCGUCAUCCUCUGGGCCGUCAUAUUCAAUUUUGUCUUCAUCUUCCUGUGCAACCCUAUCGCGCAACAAUGGACCGUCUACCGCACCGGACGCUGCUUUGAUCAGAUCCUCGUGUUGAAGUUUGUGAUCAUGACGAAUCUGAUCACGGACCUGCUCAUUGUGGCGCUCCCGGUGCGUUGCGUAUGGCAACUACAAAUGCGCAAGACGGAGAAAUUUGCCGUGCUCGCAUGUUUUGGCUUGGGGCUGGCGUGCGUCGUUAUCAGUAUCGCGCGGUUUAUCCUCAUGUACACCAUCGAUCUCGUUGGUAACCUUACAGGUACAUCGCUCACAACUUUCAUGUUGUGCACUGUCGAACUCAUGCUUGCUGGUCUCUGCAUCAACAUCCCCAUGCUCCGUCCUUACUACCUCCAAUGGCGCGCAAAGUACAAGUCCUCGGCCACGGACAGCAAAAGACGACAAUCCGAGCUCAAACUAUCGGGGACUGGGCCUUUGAAGUCUGGUUCAUCCAGGUCAGGUCAUUACACGCAAUGGUUAGAAUUGCGUGACAAGGACCAAACGCAUGUUACCGUCACUCAUGACGAUGCGAGCUCGGAAAGGAAGUUGACUGCGGAACAACCAGAUGACGCGAUUCACGUAUCAAAGAACUGGGUAGUCACGCGGGACUGAACGUUGUAGACUCAUGAGCAUGAGAUUGUGGAGGCGGAUAUGCUGAAUCUAUCAUGAGGUUUUAGACUGUAUUGUAUAUAUUUAGGAUAUCUAGAUAAAUGAAAGAAAAAUUUGCGAC